AAAAGGGCGAUCGCGACACUUCCGGCCGCGUUCCGUCUCCAGCGCGGGGAGGAAUUGUGAGAUUCCUGAGGACGUCCCGGCCCCAGAGCGAUGGAAUUGCCCCUUCCGCCUGACGAUCAGGAACUGCGAAAUGUUAUCGAUAAGCUGGCCCAGUUUGUGGCCCGCAAUGGGCCCGAGUUUGAGAAAAUGACGAUGGAGAAGCAGAAGGAUAAUCCUAAAUUUUCAUUUCUCUUUGGGGGAGAGUUUUAUAAUUAUUACAAGUGUAAGCUGGCCCUGGAGCAGCAGCAAUUGAUUUGCAAACAACAGCCUCCGGACAUAGAGCCUGCUACGCAGAUACAGCCGUUACCACAGCCUUCGUUACCGCCGGCGGCAACUAUGACUCCUCCUCCGGGCACCCCUUCGAUGGAAGAUCUGAUUCAACAGAGUCAGUGGAACCUGCAGCAGCAAGAGCAGCACCUUCUAGCUUUGCGACAGGAGCAGGUCACGUCAGCAAUAGCCCACGCAAUGGAACAACAAAUGCAGAAACUCUUGGAAGAAACCCAGCUGGACAUGAAUGAAUUUGAUAACUUGCUGCAGCCAAUAAUCGAUACCUGCACCAAAGACGCAAUCUCUGCUGGAAAGAACUGGAUGUUCAGCAAUGCCAAGUCCCCGCCUCAUUGCGAGCUGAUGGCCGGCCACCUGCGGAACCGGAUAACUGCCGAAGGGGCCCAUUUUGAACUUCGACUGCAUUUAAUCUAUCUGAUCAAUGAUGUGCUGCAUCACUGCCAAAGAAAGCAGGCAAGAGAUUUACUGGCUGCUCUACAGAAGGUGGUGGUGCCUAUUUAUUGUACUAGCUUUUUAGCUGUGGAAGAGGAUAAACAGCAAAAAAUUGCCCGACUCCUUCAGCUUUGGGAGAAGAAUGGUUACUUCGACGAGUCGAUCAUUCAGCAGUUACAGAGCCCGGCACUUGGACUCGGCCAGUACCAGGCGACUUUGAUCACGGAGUACGCAGGAGUGGUGCAACCAGUGCAGUUGGCCUUUCAGCAGCAGAUACAGAAUUUGAAAACACAGCACGAGGAGUUUGUCAACAGUCUGGCACAGCAGCAGCAGCAACAGCAGCAACAACAACAGCAGCAACAGCAGCAGCAACAACAGCAGCAGCAGCAACAACAACAACAACAGCAGCAGCAGCAACAACAGCAGCAGCAGCAGCAGCAGCAGCAGAUCCAGAUCGCAGCAAUGGAGAGCGAAGUCAAAUCAACACCACCACCGCAAGCACCCCCUCCAACCCCUGCUCCCCCAUCUUCUGCCCCUCCGACCCCCCAACCAGAUGACGGCAAACCCCAGCAUUCCAUGGCUGGCUCCUCUGACUACGAUGGUUCAGGGGGAGGCGUGCAGGAUCCAGCAGCUGCUGGACCUCGCGGCCCCGGGCCACACGAUCAGAUUCCGCCCAAUAAGCCACCUUGGUUCGAUCAGCCACAUCCUGUCGCUCCUUGGGGUCAACAGCAGCCUCAUGACCAGCCUCCUCAUCCUCACCCCCAGGGACCACCUCACUGUCCUCCAUGGAACAACAACCAUGAAGGAAUGUGGAAUGAGCAAAGAGAUCCUGGGUGGAACAAUCAGCGGGAAGCCCCUUGGAACAACCAGCCGGACCCCAACUGGAACAACCAGUUUGAAGCGCCGUGGAAUAACCAGCAUGAGCAGCCACCCUGGGGCGGAGGCCAGAGAGAGCCCCCGUUCCGCAUGCAACGCCCCCCUCACUUCAGAGGCCCGUUUCCUCCCCAUCAGCAACACCCCCAGUUCAAUCAGCCACCUCACCCACACAAUUUCAACCGCUUCCCACCCCGCUUCAUGCAGGAUGACUUCCCUCCUCGCCAUCCCUUUGAGAGACCCCCUUACCCGCAUCGCUUUGAUUACCCCCAGAGUGAUUUUCCUGCUGAGAUUGGACCCCCUCAUCACCACCCUGGCCACAGAUUGCCUCAUCCUGGCAUCAAUGAGCACCCGCCGUGGGGUGGACCCCAGCAUCCUGACUUUGGACCUCCACCACAUGGCUUCAAUGGGCAGCCACCUCACAUGCGGAGACAGGGCCCACCUCACAUUAACCAUGACGAUCCCAGCCUGGUCCCAAAUGUCCCAUAUUUUGACCUGCCUGCCGGACUGAUGGCUCCACUCGUCAAGCUGGAAGAUCACGAAUAUAAGCCUUUGGAUCCUAAAGACAUACGACUUCCCCCUCCAAUGCCUCCCAGUGAAAGACUAUUGGCCGCUGUUGAAGCAUUUUAUAGUCCACCAUCCCAUGACAGACCUAGAAACAGCGAAGGCUGGGAACAAAAUGGUCUGUAUGAGUUCUUCAGAGCAAAAAUGAGAGCCAGACGGAGAAAAGGCCAAGAGAAGAGAAACAGCGGACCUUCUAGAUCUCGCAGUAGAUCGAAGAGUCGGGGCCGCUCUUCUUCCCGAUCUAAUUCAAGAUCUUCUAAGUCAUCUGGUUCAUACUCAAGAUCACGGUCUCGCUCCUGCUCUCGAUCCUACUCACGCUCCCGAUCCAGAAGCAGAAGCCGAUCCCGCUCCUCACGCAGCCGAUCCAGGUCCAGGUCUAGAUCCAGAUCAAAGUCUUAUUCCCCAGGAAGAAGGCGACGAUCGAGAUCUCGUAGCCCUACUCCUCCUUCCUCUGCUGGCUUGGGUUCUAAUUCCGGGCCUCCUAUACCCGAUUCAAGACUUGGAGAAGAAAAUAAAGGGCAUCAGAUGCUGGUGAAAAUGGGAUGGAGUGGAUCUGGUGGACUUGGAGCGAAGGAACAAGGAAUUCAGGACCCAAUUAAAGGGGGGGAUAUCAGAGAUAAAUGGGAUCAGUACAAGGGAGUGGGAGUGGCCCUGGAUGAUCCCUAUGAAAACUACCGCAGAAACAAAAGUUACUCGUUCAUUGCCCGUAUGAAAGCCAGAGAUGAAUGUAAGUAAAAUACAUUGGGUUCCAGAGGUUAAAGCUUUCUCCACGAGAGAGCAGGGCUCUCGCCACAAACUACUUUAACCUACAUGGCUAGACUGUACGUUGGAGAGGAAUCGAGAAUUACAAAGUAAGAAUUAACCCCACUUUCUUUUAAUCUUUUUGUAAUUUUGUUAAUCCUUUGAAAAUAUUUUUAUAGUUAGUCGUCUGUGUUGUCCUCCUGCGGUGUAGCCUUUCUUCGGUAGAAAUUUUGCCUUCUAAGUUUAAAUGAAUGAAAAUCGGGAUCAUAGUAAAACUCAAGUUUUAUCCAGGUUAAAAAAAAAACAACAAACCCAACUUCUCUGGGGGAGUAGCAGGAAGAGAGGAGAUGGAAGACGUAAAGCACGUGCUACUGCCCAGUAUCAGGACUUGACUAUCGUGGAAACUACAAAACUAUGCCUCACCUGGGAAUCGAACUCAGUGUUAAAAAUUUUGAAAUGAAAAAGGAUGCAGCGGCCUUUAAGACUGUCUUCACCGUUUCCUUGUGAACUUUUACCCUUUCCAGUGAAGUGUGAAAUGGAAGAUCUUUCCCCGAAUAAGAAUCCCUGAAGUGUAAAGAAAUGGAUGUCUCGCCCCUUCCAUAAAGGAAAAAAAAAAAAGACCAAAAAAAAUUCCGAGCACCUUGCAUAAAUGAAGAUUAUUUUUUUGUGGAAAGGACAUCGUCAGUACAGUUAGCAAGAAGUAGAUCAAAAGCUCUGUUGUGCUUUAAAUCUACUUUAUAAUUCAUUGGUUGUGUAGUGAUACAGAUUAAGACUGGGGAUUAGCACUGUAUCAACCAAUGCUUCAGAAAAUGUCCUUGUUUUUUGCAGAGGUAAAGGAAGUUUUCAUUUUAAUCCAAAGUGGUUCGGGGUUUUGUAAGAUUUAACGCAGAUUUGAAGCCUAAUUCCUGCUGCUUCUCGACUCACUGUGUAGUUGCCUAAAUAGUUUUUACUUUUCUCAAAUAGGUAGCCGUUUGAAAUUGGGGCAGGCUUGCUUGCCUGGGGGCCGUCAGGGUAGAGGACCGAAAGCACUUGGAAGCUCCACUUGGGCUGACAUUUGAGAAAUCUGUGACGGGAGAAAGUGUUUUUACUGAAAAUGUAAUUUGGACUAGCCCAAACACCAGCACAGGUGUCCCUGUGGACCCAUCAGGAGCCUAGAGGGUUGAGCAUCUAGCCAUUUAAGGGUUCUACUGCUCUGAAAUUUGUUCUUCCCUUAGAAUAUAGCUUAUCAUGUGUGACAUUAUUAGAAACUAUCCAUAAUCUACCAUUCUCUUUCCAGGUUCAUUUACUUUAGGACGUUAAAAGGUGUAUAACCCACGUGGUGUGGAGAGCUCGAUGUCUGCUGGCAGCUUUGUACGGUGCCAUUCAUUUGUACAGUUCUGAGUGUUUAGAAAAUUACUCCUUACAAAUCCAAGAAGCCUUUUAGCCCAUCAUGGAUAUCUGAAUUUUGUUCUAGAUUCACUGUAGCUGUGAAAUUGUUCAAACGUGUCGAGUAUACGGUGUAAACGUGUGCGUGUUCCUAAAUGUGUGAUUUACUGUUUUACCUUCAAAUAAAGACUUUUCAAGAAAAAA